AGUUUGGGUUUGAACAAUUGCCAAUCAAGCAGCAACAAAUAAAGUGGAGCGAGCUGUGUAAAACAAUAACUAGCGAGCAAGUAAAAUAAAUAAAUCUCAACUGAAAAAUAUAAAUAACAAAAAGCACGAACAAUAAACAAAAAGUUGUAAUUAUUUUGCGAGUUGGCAGCGCCUGCAAAACGUGGAGCAAGAAAAAAGUGAGAAGUGCAUUGUGCUCGUCAGCUGAGCUUGCGAAUUGAAAGAAAACAAAAGCCACAAGCAGCAGCUGUUUAUUAAUUAUUAAUUAAAAACAAUGGCUGCUGCCAAUCAUCUGGUGGAUCGGCACAAUGGCUACGUUUGCUGCAAGUGCAAGCGGGGCAACUUUGUGGGACGUCGCUACAGCUGCUGGGUGUGCCUGGAGUAUCAGCUGUGUGGCCGCUGCUACGAUGCGGGCGAGCCCUUGCCACAAAUGCGGCAGCACAAGUAUUUUCAUCCCUUAGAUGUGCACUAUACGCGCAAGGAGUACGAGCUGUACUUUGCUGGCGAGGAUUAUGUGGAGGCCAAUGCGCCGCAGAGCUUCAAGUGCGCGCUCUGCGAGAUCUGCGGCUUGACCAGCAUACAGCUGUACAAGCAUCUCAAUCACGAGCAUCGCACGCAUGCGGAUUUCAAUGAUUACUUUCGCAUACUCUAUGCGCGCUAUGAGGCCUAUGGCUCGGCUAUGCGCGCCGUCAAUGGCGCAACUCCAGCGCUGGGCGAUAUUUCGCUGCAGCGUCAGUGGCAAUUGCGGCAGCUGCAAGGCUCCUCCUCCUCCUCCUCGCUGCUGGAUACGAGCGUCAACUUUCGCGAUGCACUGCAGCAAACGCGACUGCGGCGAGAGGCGCUGCUGGAGCAGCGUGCACUCAAUGUGCUCACCGAGUGGACAGCCAAUGGCGCACAGCAUUUGAGCUAUCAGGAUCGCAUGAAUAUCCACACGAGUCUGCUGCAGCAGCAGCAGCAGCAAACAGCUGUGGUACGUCCACUUGGCACAUCGUUGCGCCCUCAAAAGUUAAGCAUUCGUCUGCCCAGAUCCAGCGUCUCCAUGCCACAAAGUCAAAACUUGGCAGUGCGUUGUCGCAAUGCUGAGGAAGCUUGGGCCAACUACUAUGCAGCGCAUCAGCAGCUGCAUGCCAACAAUCAGCUGUUUAACAACUACAACUAUGCUGAUGUAGCUUGUGGCAUGCCGCAGCAGCAGCAGCAGCAACAGACGGCAGCGUUGCCAGCUGAGCAAUCAGCUGAGCCACUGCACAGAUUUCUAUGCCUGCAAUUUCGACAGCAGCAGCAGCAGCAACCAGCAGCACAAUUGACUAAGCCGCAGGCAGCGAACUCACGUCGCUGCUUCAUUGAAGCUUUACUCUGCUCCAUGCUCUCAGAUGCGCAGCUGCUGCAAAUUAAGCUGCAGCCAAACAAACUGCAGCUACAGCCUAAGCCAAAGCUCAGCCUAGCAGCUGCCAAAGCGCAACUUGCUGCAGAGCCGCCAACUGCUGCCGGCUUGCUGCUGCUGUUGCUGCUAUAAAGCCCGCCUCAGAUCUAAUGGAUCGCUUCUAUAGAGGCCUGGACAACUACAACAAUUGGCUUAGCGAGUUUGCUGCCAAAAAGCGCUCCGGCGGCAGCUUGGCCCCAGCUCUACCCGAUUGUCUCUUGCAGUGCUCAAACGAACCCAUGGUGAACCUGAAAUUCGAUGCUGAUGGCGAUACAGAUGAUGGCAGUGCCGCCAGCGUUAAGAGUGAAGAACGCAGCAUUGUUAAGCCCUCAACAGAGCAGCCAGCUGAGCAGCAGGAAAUAGAACUGGGUGAAUCGGCUGGCGAGGAGCUGGAGGAAGAGGAAGAGUAUGAAGAUGCUUCGGAAAGUGAAACAUCAGAUUCGACAAUUGCCAUGCUGAUCAGCGAAAUUGAUCACAUUUAUGGUUAUUAAGCGAAUUGUUUAAACAUAAUAAACUAUGCUCGAUCAGUGUUGAGUAACGUAACAUAA